AUGGAGAACUCUCGUAUUCUAGAGCUGGCCGCCGUCAUAAACAGAUCUGUCAAAGCUGUGCAUGAGUCGCUUGUCAAAGAAACUUUUCCUUUUCCGUCCUUUGAGGCAAAUGCAUCCGGAUCGCUACCAGAGGGUCUGUUGGAGAACCAAGACGCUGUGCUUGACGCAACCGCAGAGCUUCAUGAUCUCUUUCUUGGUCCCCUCAAUCUGCUAUUUCGUCACGGUGGGCAUAACAAUAUGCUCUGUCUACAAGCUAUCACUCGAUUCGAUAUUGCAAAGAAGUUCACCGUGGGAGAGCAAGUCUCAUAUGCACACCUGUCGAAGUCGACAGGGCUCAACGAGCAGCUACUUCGGCGCCUUCUCCGUCAUGCCAUGAUGAUGCGAGUCUUCUCGGAGCCUACAAAAGGUCUCGUGGCACAUACCGCUGCAUCUAACCUUCUAGCUGAACCGUGCAUGCACGAUUGGAUGAAAACAGGUCGCGAGGAAAUGUGGCCUGCGGCAACACGAUGGAGAAGUGGCCGGCUUCACCAGGAAGUCAAUGAAAUUGGUUAUGCUCUUGCUAACGACACAGGAAAUUCCAUAUAUCAAAGUAUUGGCUCGGAUCCACGUCGUGGGGCGCAAUUUGCGAACGCCAUGAAGGCAUAUACCUCAAGAUCUGGUUUUGAGGUUUCUUAUAUCAUCAACAAUUAUAAAUGGGAUGGUUUGGUUAAGUGCUUGUGUACAGAUACUUCGCUGUCUCAGACCGGCGUUGAGGCACGACACUCGGGUCGUGAUCCAGGAUACAUGCUUACCCGAGCUUGGAACGAUGGCGCAGUGGAGAGAAAAGGACUUCAGCGCGACCAGGACGAAUGGAAGCUUCUGUUUCAAGAAGCGGACCCUCGCUUUGAUUUCAUUGGAGUUGAAGAGCCUAGAGGAUCGGCUUUGGCAAUUAUCGAGGCUCGUUGGAACUAUUUUCAAUCAAGCUCUUAA